UCGUUCCCACCGACUGCUCUUACAGAAACGUAUAUCCGGGAAUGCUGUCCUCGUGUUUAGCACGAAAAUCCAAAUUCAUCGGGAUCCACUUGAUGAUUUAUCACCCGCGACGGUCCGGAUAUGACAGUUCGAACAGCUGACAGAUCGCGACUGAUGCGGUCUCUCUUAUUAUUUUCGUGCCUCUCGCAUCAGCCUGCCGAAAACGAUCUGAUCCUCACUCACGUGGCGCUGCUUGCGUAUGUGGAUUGUGGGUGGAAGUAAGACGCACGUGUUCGUGCAGUGUACUAUAUAGUGGAGUAUAUCAGACAGAGCGUCGCAUCGCAGCCUCGAAAUCUAAAAAAGCCAAUGUCGCUGCGUCGGUAGCAUUGACCAGAGAUGGGCCGUAAGAUUCCGGGGAAAAAGCACCGCGGAGUCAAGGAUCCGGAUAAGCAAAGGGCCAAGCGUCUGUCCGAAUUAGAGACAAAAAUCAAUGCUCCGCCGAAAAAUAUCGAUGACCAGGACAUCCCCAAGAGUCUGGAGCGUCUGAUCAAGCUCAAGGACGCGGUGAGGAAUAAUCCGGGUCUGGUGCAGAAGAAAAAGAAGAAGAAGAAAGGUACCAAGCUCAUCAAACUCGGUGCUGAACAGGUCAAGAGCAAGCCUCAUCCUAAAGGCAGACCUGAGAAGAUAGUACCUGUCUUUAACCAGAAGCCUGGUGAGACGGAGCAGCAGUUCUUGCACAGAGUCAACAGAGAGACGCACAAUUUUAUCAAGGAAACUGAGUUUGAGCAGAGGUACAACGUUGUAGUGGAACGUAAUCCGGCUACUGGUGAGAUAGAGGGUCUUGCAAAGAAGCCAAAAGACGAACUGUCUGAAUUAGAGAAGCUUCAAGCUAAGCACAAGAACAUAAAGAAAAAGAAGAAGAAGACAGGUGACGCUGAGAGUGCUGUCAAGUUGUCAAAGUCCCAGAAGAGGAGACAAAAAUUGUUACAGAAGAAGCAGAAAAAGCAUCAGGACGAUGUUGACGAGUUUAAGACUUUCAAAGACAAGGUUGAGUUUGGUGAAAUUGCUCACGCACCGCCAGAGUUGAAGCCUUUGACUAAGAAUAUUAACAAAGCCUCUAAUAAGGUAAAGACUAAGGGUCUGCUGCUCAGCUCUCUCUUGGAGAACGAGAAUUCGGAGAACAAGCCAAACGCAAAGGUAAUUGACAGGACAGGCAAGCGCAAGGAUCUUCCAGUGGGAGAGAGGCGUCAGUUAGAGAAACAGCAAGCGGAUGUCAUCGCUGCUUAUAAAUUGUUAAAAGCAAGGAAAUUCGGAGACUCUUCGAUGUCUGCUUAAGGUUUCAAUGUUACUGAUUUAUUUUUAUACAGAAUUAAAGUAGAUCUAGAAUUUAUUA